GGCUCCGGCUCCCGCCGCCCGGAGUGAAGCGCGUCCCUCGGCCAUGCUCGUGUCGGUCCAGGCUCGCAGGGGGUCAGCGCUGCCCGCCUGCCUCCGCCCGCCCGCCCGGACAUAAGCAAAGCCAUGAGAGCAGCGCCUCGGGGGCCAGACCUCAGCUUUUUAAACGAGGAAGAAGCCCGCGCGAUUUUUGAGGUGCUGCAGAGGGACUCGGAGCUCCGGCGGGCUGAGGAAGACAGAGUCAGCAAACUUCUGAAGAGCAGGAAGUCUGAAACGGGGCUGCAGGGGGUGACCGGAGAAUGGUUUCAAGAAAUGCAAAGACAAAAAUUCCACAAUUAUGUCGAAGCCAAUAGGAUGCUAAAACCACCACUGGAACAUCAGCUAAGGAAGAGCAGAAACACCGAUCCUAAGGAACUAAAAAUGCCAUCCCGCACAAAUCCUCAAGCACAAAAGAACACUUCGGCUUCCUUUCUGGGGUUCAGAUCACCUUUUGCUUGGCUUUUCUCCUUUAGAAAAUCAAGGAAAAACCAGACUCAGAAGCAACCACGAUGUGACAGUUCUUCUAGCCCAUCUUUGAAAUUGGAAGAAAUGGCAAUGGCUGAAAUGUGCAAUUCCUCAAUGGCAACUGAAACAGAUGGUCAUACUUUUGAUGCAAACCAAAAUGAAAUGAUGGAGAAAAGUACACAGGAAUGGAGUGAACAGCUAGAGAAGGAGUUUUUCAAUGUUCUCAAUGAUCUGGAUGACCAGCUGGCCCAGGAACAAGCCCAAGACCCAUUGGACAGGACAGUUUCUACUAGCAGUGCAUCAAAUGUCCAAUACAGUAGUGCAUUCCCUACCCUAAAGAGGCAGCCUGCUAGUAGGGGGCAACGCAGAAAUGACUGGAGUGACAUGCCUAGCACAUAUUUCCCAGAUGGAUUGAGAACAGUAAGAGCCAAAGAUGAAUGCAAGAUUUUCAUCAGACCAAGGAAAUUACACAGUGCAUAUAUAAACUGGCACCAGACAGCCUUUCAAGAUGACUACAGGUACGGUGACCCAGUUGAUGGAAAUCCUCAUCUACUAAGCAGCAGGCUGCCUUCUGUUUCUUUUGGACGGUCUUCAGAAGGUAGCUUAUGUCCUCCUUCCUUAACUCACAACAGUGGAUUUAGGCACAAGACUUGUAUGAACAGGGAUACAGCUGGCAGAAGUUACUCUGUAUGUUCCCUUCGGAGAUGUCUAUCAUCAGUAUCUUCUGACCAGCUAUCAGGAUCUAGUUUACAUCCAUUAGCAAGAGAGACCAAGAAUGGCUUUGUACCAAGAUUUGGUCGACAGAACCCAAAGAGAAUUCCUCUGUCUUCUAUUGUAUGGAACAACACACCAGACUCCCAUGAACAAACAUCAACCCAAGAAAAUAUGUUUAGAACCCAGUCACUGAUGGAAUUUCAUGCUACAGACCCUGGUAGAUAUUCCAGCACUUUGCAAGAAACCAAGAAAUACGGAUGUUACCACUCAAAACACCGCUACAGAAGAUCUAUUUCAAGCAGUAAUUGCUUUAGUAGAGUUAGUUGCCCUGAUAAAGCUACUUCUCCAUUGCCCUUUGAUAACUGGGAAAAUUAUCCAUUAUACAAAUCAGAAAACAAUCUCUCUAGAUCCUACUAUAGAGACACUUCUUCUCAUGGCAUGUUGUAUGCAAACCAAAAAAAUUCUCCUUAUGAAAAAAGAGACUACUAUCCUUCUUGGACUGAUAUUCCUCAGUACUACAGUGAUGAAGCAUUUCUUUCCCCUGAUGCCAGCUUUGAAGUUAUGAUGGCCAACUUAAAUGAGCAGCAGUGGGCACAUACAAAGAAUGCCAAGUUUGGUUCACAGCGCCUGCAGAAUGAUUUUCGCACGUAUUCUCCAGAAAAUCUGAAUAUCAAAAGGAUAACAAGAAGUGCAAGUAGAACUUUUUCAGAAUUUACUGAGGGCUGUCAGCCUUGGCUAAGUUGUAACUCUUCAGUUUCUUCAUGUAGUACCACAACUGAUGAGUCAGUCUUUCCUAAUUUGAAGGACCAAACAAAAGCUAUUGGACUGAACAGGAGUUCAGUUGACAUUACACAAAGAAACACUAAAGCAGACUUUACACAACUAGAAAAGGUUGAAGGUAUGAAACUGCCAGAUGAAAACAUGACACUACAGUCAGUUUCUCAACAAGUAGAUACAAACUACAUCAACGACCAGAGUUUUCCCUCUAACAGCCGUGCUUCUGCCAUGUUACAGAGCGAUGCAUCUCCCUUUAACACAAUGACAUCAAAGAGACAAAUCCAAGGCACUGCUAGAGGAGAUAUUGCAAAAAUAUGUAUGUCAAACUGUGACCAAAAAAAUGUACAAAUGAAGGGAAAGGACUGCCCACCCAACAGUGUGUUCAGACAACCUGCCUGUAUUUUGACGGCUAAUGAGAGCAGAAAGGAACCUUUUCUUCAAAAUCAGAAAGACUGGGAACAUAAUCUGCACUAUGCCGCAAAAAGAGAGAGCAUCAGACAGGAUAAUCAGAGUACAGAAGACAUUAACCAAGCUACUCCAAAGAGACACUCCUCACUGCUGAAUGUUGCUUCUGCUCCAUCCACUGAAAAAUUAACAAACUGUCAAGGCAAGUUGUCCUGUCCUCCUGAAUGUUCAUCUAGCUCCUCACAAAGCUCUCCACAUGCACUUUCUUAUAAAGACAAUUCUAAAUGUUUGGGAACACUAACUAGCUCUUCAGUAAAUGGCACAGUUACUGAAUCUCAAGCAGAAGGUGGAAAACCAGCCCAAGUGAACAGAAUACGUAUUACUGAAAAGAUUGCACAGAAAACACUGCAAAAUACAGGCACUUUAGUUACUAAGGACUGUAAUGGACAAUUCACUACUAGUUCUUUACAAAAUGGAAAUUCUGGAAAUACGUAUAUGCACAGCUUUGAUGGAAACACCAAGACCUCUGAUCAUAGUUUAAGUUAUUUUUGCCUUGAAAAAGAAAACGGAAAACUAAGGAGUAAUUCACCUUGUACCGAAAGGUUUCACAAGAAAGACAGCUUGCUGAGAGACACCAGUAGCUGCAGCAUUACUGGCUCUCCUAGAAGAAACAGCCUCAAAUCUCCUGACCCACUUGUUAUUUAUUACACUUUACCCAGGAAAUCAGCUAGCAUUGCUGGUAGUAUUAUGUCAGAUACACCCAUCUCUUUACCUAGAGAAAGUAGAACAAUGUACAAUUAUUUAAGGUCCAAAAUUCCAUGUAGAGCUGAUGCCUUUUGUUUUAAUCAAAGAGAUGUGUCUUGUUUAGACUCAAAACAUUCCUUUUUAACAUCAGCAUCACUAAAUGCUGCUACAAAUAACAAAGAAAAAGAUUACCCCAGUCCUUUAACCAAAAGUCCUAAUGAUUCAGUAAGUAAUAAUACAUCAGCUGAACUGACAGAUAGAUGUGAACAUCCAAGCAGAAGAGAAUCCUCUGUGUUAUCAGAUUGUAGUGACAGGGGAAAGUUUUUGCAGAAAUACAAAACUACAAGCACAUUUACAGUUUGUGUUGAUGAAGAUCAUGUCAAAUAUCAUGAACUUGUUUCGAUUUAUUACACAUUACCACGGAGGCAUUCAAGAACAUUUUGUAGCCUCUUUAGAGAUAAUCCAGAGGAUGCAGAUUUACCUUUUCCCAAAGAAAAUGCUCAUUCACCAAGAAUACAAAACAAGAAAAAUGAAGGUCAUGUGAGUUUAGCAAAUAUUUUUUCCCGCAGUACUGUGGGAAAAGAGGUGCCUUCAUAUUCUUCUGACCAAGUAUCUUCAGCUCUGGUCACACCUCAGAAUUUAGGAGCUGUUGUUGAUAGUGAGAAAGAGAAUUUCCACUUAUCUCCUAGCUCUGAGAAGAUACAUACUUCAAAGUUGAUGAGUACAGUACAUAACAGGAAAGACAGUUCAGCAGAUACUUCAUUAGCAGAAAAUGACAUGGUGACACAAUCCACUGCAAUAGUGGUUAAGUCAGGUAAGGCCAUUUCUGAUGCUUCAAGCAGCCAAAAUACAGAAACAUGUCUAAAACAAAAGAAGGAAAUUUUACAGACAGCCACACCACUAACGUCCACCUUAUCAACCCCUCCCACGCCAGGCAGGCAUUUAGAGAAUCCUUUGUAUUCUACUUCAACAAAUAAAAAUGUAAUACGGAAGGGAAACUCUGAAAACUGCUCUCAGGCCCCUAAAGUGAACACCAAUAAAAAUCUGAACAGUUUAUUCCUCCAUUCAGGAGAGAAAAGUUCCCUUGGAAGGAGCAGUAACACAGAGUGUGCUGAUGUGCCACUUCCUCCUGCAAAAGGCAAGUACAGGGAUAGCACUGAGGUCAAACAGAGAGUAAAUUUCCAACACCAAGCCAGCCCUCUGUAUAAUCAUAAACAUAGUGGACUACAAUUAAGGGCUGACAGUUCAAGAAAAAAUGCAAAUGAUUUAAACUCUUGUAGCAAAGUGCUUUCAGGAUCUCUAGGCAAAGCAUCUGAGGUAAGCACAGCUCCCAGUGCUGAUCCAUCACUUCAGCUUGACAAAGUGGUCAGCACAGACACAGAUGAAGUAAAGAAUUCAAAGAUUAAAAAAGAGCAAAGCUCACAGGGUGUUCGGAUGGGUAAAGAUUAUAGAGGUUUGCAAGAAUCAGAGAGGCACAGUGAAGGCAGCCUGAACAUGACCUGUAAAGAUAAAGUCCUCAGGGUAACGCAAGAUCAGAAGAUAACACAGAGUGCAGAAGACGAGAACAAGCUUCUCUCUGACUGCACAAGAGACAAAGUCAAAGAUAUAGAAAAAAGGAAAAACAGACCUUCAAUUAAAAAUAAAUUGGCCGCUGUUUACAAAACAAGUCGAAAAUUUUCAAGUAAAAACUUACCUCCCAAACCGCACAUAAGUAACAUCUUUUCACAGAAUGAUGGAAGUGCCACUUCUUUAGAGGCCGACAUGUCCCUUGACUCAUUGGUUCCAGCGGAUUCCCAUAAGCCAUUCCUGCAGUCGAACAACAAAAAUCAGAAUCGCAGUCUGGACUCUGAUAAGAACAUGCCAAAGCCAGGAAUAGCUGAGAAUAAGAAGACUGAAAUUCAGAAUGAUCCUUCUUUGCGUGUUAAUAAUGCCAAUUGGAGGUCUUUUACAAGCUCAUACACCCAGAAGGAAGCCAUCAGUACCAAAAAAACUACAGUGAAAGUGGAAAAUAGGCCAAGUCUUACAACCCUCUUUCCAGAUAAAGCAGUAACCACAAGAAAUAAGAAUUCCCAAACACUUGACCUCAGGUUGGAAAGCAAAAGCCAGCCCGUUUCUCCCAGUGCUACUACAUCAGAUGCUCUGGAUGAUGAGAAAAGAAGAGCUAGCAGUCAUGCCUGCAGUCCUCCCUUGACACUUUUAACCGACAAAAACUCAAACACCUAUGUAAAUAGUUGCUUGCAGGCAGACACAUAUCCGGAGCAAAACUUGACUUCCCAGACAGUGCUUGAUCAAUGCCAAAACACCUCUCAGCCUGCUAGCUUAGAAAAUGCUAACUUGCAGAGCUCUCAGUUGCACAAAAGUCACAUCAAAAGUCAGCGUGAGCGUCACCUCUCUGAGAGUAUUUGUGCUCCAGAUUCCCACGCAACCUUUGCCUCAGGAAGCAAUAUUCUACCAAAAGAGGGCAUACAUGGGAAGAGAUUUAAGUCUUACUCAGAGCUGUUGUCUUGUGACGAAAAUGAAAACUGGGCAUCAGAUGAUGAGAAAUGUUACAGCACUAGAAAUCUGAUGUAUCCUUCUGUUGAAUUUGGUAUAUUUGGCAAAGAACAACAGUUGGCUUUCCUGGAAAAUAUCAAGAGGUCACUCACAGAAGGGCGAUUAUGGAGACCUUGUCUUCUUAAUAACCCUGGUGCUCUCAGAGAUGGAGAGACCCCUUCUAUAAACAGGGCUGAGCUUCUAAGCUCAAGUUCUGCUGGGAGCAAAAUGUCAUCAGCUGCUUCUUCCCCCGGAGAACAGACUGAUAUCUAUCAGGAAGACCCAGCAGCUUAUUCAGACUCAGACAGUGAUACCACCACUGAUGAUGAAUACUACCUAGAUGAGGUAGAUAAGGAGUCUGAGCUAUGAAGGGCCCUUGAUCCUAAGAUGGCACAAUAGCUCGGUGGUUUCUGGGCAGGCAAAAACAUGUAAUAUACUUUGAGCCAGUUCUUGUGCUGCUAUAAAUUGGUACAACUGCAUUAGUUUUGAAGAAGUUAGUAUGUUAUCUUAGCUGAGCAUCUGACUUUUGUAUUAAAUCUGUGGCUUCACCAUUGUUGUUUCUGUAGCAGGGAAAAAGAAUGUUAAAAAAUCCCUUCCCAGAAUAAUAGAAGGUAAACAACUGUGGAGCUUUGAGCAGUGUUAACUCCAGAGACGGCUUUCCUCUGAGUCAGCAAGCAGUGGUGUAGGCUCCUGCCAGCAAAGCAGUGCUGGAAUGGAUAAAUCCUAGCUUGAGCUAUUUUUUUACAGGACUUGACAGAAAACCAAGAGGUUACUUUGCUGAAAUUACUGUUUCUCCAUUUUUCCUCAUUUACCAGAUCAAGAAUGAUAAUGCCAAUCCAUCCUACUCAACAAACUUCCCCGCGGAACAAAACUUGUUCAAUUUCUACAGCAUAUUCUCUAUGAAUGUUCUUUUCCUGCAUUCCUGGGAAGCACAGCAGCAAUGUCCCUGGUGGCGUUUGUUCUGACGUGCAAAUUAGGCUGAUCCCACACCAAAAUUUUUCUCCACAGCACUGCCAGAGCAGUGAGCAAUGUGAGUUACAGAAGUGCUGCUAGUGCAUGGGAAACAGCUCCGUAAAGGGCACAGCACUGCAAAACCCACCAGAAUUUCUAAGGAUGUUAAGAAACACAGCUGAGCAUGGAAAUCUGCUUUUCAGACAUGGGAGAUGCCUAAUGGCACACCUUUGAUUACAGCUGAAAUGAAUGGCCAGGAUUCCUGCCUUUGAUUUAGGGACAGAUGCGUUUGGAUUAAUAAUCCAACACUUUAAACCAUGCAAAAUGUAAAAAGAUUUGCCCUAUUUAUUUCUUAUAUAAACCUCAUGGGUUGAAUCCUCAGCUGUCCUAGUAGUGGGGAGACAACCAUAACCAACACAUCUUGCAAUGUCCCAAAGUUCUCUUCUGCUCAGCUGCGCUCCUUCAGGGCAGGACCACCUGAACUGAGUCACAACAGGCUGGCAGGUUUUUACACACAAAUAAAAGCAGCAAGAAAUGUUCUUUGCCUUUUGCUAAACUACCAUCCCCUUUCAGUAUUUUUCAGCCACUCCUGCCGUCACCACGGUACUUCUAUCCUUCAAACUGAACAUCUGUAAGCAUUAUUCAGUGGCUGUUCUUUGGCCACACUAAUGAUGUGGUAUAAUAACUCAGUAGCCAAAACUCAUCUCUGGCCAUUAAAUUUCUAACUAAGCUUUGACCUUUUUUUAAUGCAAAAUCAAAGUGGCUCUCUGAGCCAUAAGAUAGUAUUUUUAAGUAACUACACAUUUACUUCUACUUUAUUUCUAAUUUCACAUAUGGUCUAAAAUGAAGACCCAUAUUUUUAUACGCUUUUUAAUUCAAUAAAUUUUCUGUUGGACAUAAUUGUAUUUUUGUAAGUGGAAGGACAGAAUGCUGGUAUUCUAAAAUAAUAUAUUUUACACAAAACAAGCAAUGCUUGUAUCACUGACUGCUCCACAAGAAACUAAAUGAUGAAAAUAUUAUAGUGGGUAACUGGUAUCCUUAUUUUUUUUAUACUGUAAACUUCGUUAAAGAAGUGGGUCUAUAGUUCAUAUCUGUACCAAUAUGUAAGUAUCUUUAUACUGGGGUAAUUUGUCUGUUGUUGUACAUAAAAUGACUAAUAUAAACUAUGUAUUUAUAGUCAGAAUUGAUCUCUAUGAUGUGCCUGUUCUGUAAGGAUAUAAGCCAGAAGGAAAUUCCAGUUUGUAAAAUGUGGUAUUCGAAGGAGAAGUGUCUUUCUGUAAACAGCUCUAUUCUAUACAUACAGGAUUCUGUAGAGUAGGACAAUAAAACCAGCUGAAUAUCAGUGAGGAAUAUGUGCUGCUGUAUGUUUCUGCAAAAUACAUUAGUCCAAACCCUGGGAACAGCAGCUUACGUAAGGUAAAGGAUAAUAAAUUAAAUGUUUACAGGGGCAGUAAAUGGUCAGACACUUCUUCCUGACUACAAGGGGACAGUUUAGAACAUUUUUACUUGGAAAUAUUUUCUACCUGUUCAACAGAAGUUGGAUUAAGUUCUGACCUUGUUGGCAUACUUUUUUUUUUCAUUUGCUAUGCAAUCUAUGCUAUGUAAGUACAGCAAAUCAGGUGCCUUGUUUUAAUGGAAGCAAGUAAAAACUGCUUUGGGGCAUAAAUCAGUUGUGAAGACUGCAGCCCUUUGAAGAUCUGUAAAGUAAUAUUUACACCAAAUAAUUGUAUUCUGUAGAACAGUCAAUUGUGUGAAAACACAGAGGAAAAUGCCCUUUAAAUAGCAACCAGCUCCAUUCUAUUCAUCAGAGCUGGAUUUUGACACCUUCACUCUUCAAAGCUUUUUCCUUGGCAAAGUAUGUCCUAUAAAUGUUCAUAAUUUAUAGGAGUUUCAUAUUUAAAAGUCUUUGAAAUAAAUUCUGCAUUCAAAUGAAAAA